UUUUAGACUCCAGCGGGCACACGUGCGGCCCUGCGAGUAAUUUUUGGUUUUACCGCUGCCUUGUGCCAGGCCGCGUUACCAUGAGCUUGCCCCUGAACCCCAAGCCCUUCCUGAACGGACUGACGGGGAAGCCGGUGAUGGUGAAGCUGAAGUGGGGGAUGGAGUACAAGGGCUACCUGGUGUCUGUCGACGGCUACAUGAACAUGCAGCUUGCAAACACAGAAGAAUACAUAGAUGGUGCAUUGUCAGGACACCUUGGUGAAGUUUUGAUAAGAUGUAACAACGUCCUGUACAUCAGAGGAGUAGAAGAAGAAGAAGAAGAUGGAGAAAUGAGAGAAUAAGCACACCUCCUCCCGUCUAAUCUCUGGAGGCUGUGAGCGAAAUACCAGUUUUCUUCCCAUCUGAAAUGUUGGAAAAGGAAAAUGUUGAACACAAACGUAUACAUCUAUGGAGACUCAUAUUUUUAUCAUAAAUUCUAUUAAUAGACUAUAUAGGGCUGCAUUGUGAAAUACUUCCACAGCUCCGUGUUGGGUGUGGAGUUGCAUUAUGCCCCAAUGAUUCCAAGAGUCAUUUUGCCCUGAAGUAGUCAAAGCCUCCUGAAGUUUGGCUGCUGUAUUACCUAUAGAGAAAAUAUGGCCUCAGUGGCUGGAUGGUGACAUAAUGGUGAUAAUCCUCAGCUGUUGUACAUUUGCAUAGUUCCAUUGAAGUCAAUGGAGCUAUGACAAUUUACAGCAGGUGAGGUUCUCUCCCCAGGUCUCCUGGCUAUGCGUAGGUCUGGCACAGCAUAGCCUUAGUCUGACUUAUAACAUGCAGAUUCUUGCUUAAGAAUAUAACUAGACU